AUGAAACAGUUCGUAGUGUUCGCCAGUGUGUGCUGUGUCCUGUUGGCAGGACGUGUGGUGUUGUCUGCUCCGGCCCCCCAGCAGGGUGCCGCACAGCCGAACCCAAAUGACGUGCAAACCGUGCGAUAUUACAGCGAAAAUAAUGGACUUGACGGUUACAAGUUCACGUACGAGCUGAGUGAUGGGCAGAUUCGUUCGGAAGUCGGCACCUACCGGGACGUGAAGGACGCCGAGGGCAAGGACGUGAAGGCGCUGUUCGUGCAGGGCUCGUACUCGUUCGUCGCACCGGACGGUCAGACGUACUGGGUGAACUACACCGCCGACGAGAACGGCUACCAUCCGAAGGUGGGCACCGGCCCGACUGGUGGAAUCCAACCGGGACAGGAUGCCCCCAUUGACAGCGCCUAAGCCGGGCUUGACGGUUCGCUUUUCCGGGCUGACGCAGCCCCAGCUCGCCAGUGCCAGUGCACAUACCUCCUCCUCCUCGUACCAUACUCAGCGAAUGCUAAAAUGUUUAGCACCGAAACCAGCACUUGUGCAGAACGCAACACAACGCAACACACCCGCAUGCACGCAUGCAAAGUCA